GCAGUGUCCACCCAGGGAAGACAGAAGCACAUAGACCGUCCCUGGACCGGUCUCAGUCCUUAAGGGGACCCAAGAAAAUGGAGCUAGACGGCUGAGGUCCCCGAAAGCACGACACUUGUCCCGAUGGCGUCCAGCUCGCCAGCCGGUAUGGAGGGGUCCGACUUGUCUUCCAUCAACACCAUGAUGUCCGCUGUCAUGGCUGUAGGGAAAGUGGCAGAGAAUGGUGGGAGUCCCCCACCCAUCAAGUCUCCCUCGAAAGCUCCAGGACCAAACCGGAUUGGCAGGAGGAACCAGGAGACGAAGGAGGAGAAAUCAUCCUACAGCUGCCCGUUGUGUGAGAAGCUCUGUAGCACCCAGCACCAGCUCACCAUGCACAUCCGCCAGCACAACACGGACACAGGCGGGGCUGAUCACUCCUGCAGCAUCUGCGGCAAGUCACUCAGCUCUGCGAGCUCCCUGGACCGCCACAUGCUGGUGCACUCAGGCGAACGGCCCUACAAGUGCACCGUGUGUGGUCAGUCUUUCACCACCAAUGGCAACAUGCACAGACACAUGAAAAUCCAUGAGAAGGACCCAAGCGGAGCUACAGCAUCAGCGCCACCCUCCCCUCUGAAGCGCAGGAGACUAUCCUCCAAGAGGAAGUUGAGUCAUGACACUGAGUCUGAGAAGGAAGACCUGGCACCCAUCAAGAAGAUGGUGGAUGAUGGUUCAGGGGACUUGGAGAAGACAGGUGAUGAGCUCUUCCACUGCCCCAUAUGCUUCAAGGAGUUUGCCUGCAGAUACAGCUUAGAGAGCCACGUGGAGGCACACUCAGAGAACCCGCUCAGGUGUGAUGUGUGCUGCGUAACUUUCCGCACGCAUCGGGGGCUGCUGCGCCACAAUGCGCUGGUGCACAAGCAGCUGCCGCGUGAUGCCUCCGGGCGCCCAUUCAUCCAGAACAACCCAGCCAUCCCUGCCGGUUUCCACGACCUGGGAUUCACCGACUUCUCCUGCCGCAAGUUCCCACGCAUCUCCCAGGCUUGGUGCGAGACCAACCUUCGCCGCUGCAUCAGCGAGCAGCACCGCUGCGUGUGCGACACGUGUGACAAGGCCUUCCCCAUGCCCGCAGCGCUUGCCCUGCACGUGCAGACCCACAACGUGCCCGCCCCAGCCUGCAGCCCGCCCGGGGACUCCGGCGACCAGAAGCUCUUCCUGGCGCUGCUGGGCCUUCAGCACAUCCAAGAGGCAGGGCCGGCCCCUGCCGAGGAGCCACCGCCGGACGACAACCAAGCCAUCCAGCAGCAGGCACUGCGGGGCCCGAUGCCCCCCGAGCCGGGCUGCCCCGCCGUGCUGGGGCUGUCGGCUACGGCCGUGGGGACCCCACUGGCCGUGCUGCCCUUCCAGAGGGGCUUCCUCCUCCAGCCCGACAGCAGCAUCGUGGUGAAGCCGGUCUCCGGCGAGUCGGCCGUGGAGCUGGCCGACAUCCAGCAGAUCCUGCAGAUGGCCGCCGCGGCGCCCCCUCACCUCAACCUCCCUCCGCUGGCCAAGGCGCCCGCCGCGCCCCUGCAGACCGUCUUCAGGCACAUGCCCCCGCUGAAGCCAAAGCCCCUGGCCGCUCCGCGCACGGUGGUGGCCGCCUCCACGCCGCCCCCGCUGGUCAGCGCCCAGCAGAAUUCCCCCGGCUGCACCAGCCCCAGCCUGCCCCCGCCGCCCCUCAAGCUGCUCAGGGGCGCCGUGGAGGCCGCCUCGCAGGCCCACCUGCUGCAGUCCAAGUCGGGGGCGCCCGGCACGCCCCUCUUCCUGCCAGCCCCGCGCGCGGCCGAGACGCACACGCGCCUGGAGCAGGACAGCCUGCUGGAGGCGCUGCUGCCCCUGGGCGUGGAGGCCCAGAUCAAGCAGGAGGCCGCGGUGACCGAGGCCGACCUCCAGGCCCUCAUGGCGGGGCCGGGCGGCAGGAAGGCGCCGGCCGUGCGCAAGGUGCUGUACCCCUGCCGCUUCUGCGACCAGGUGUUCGCCUUCUCGGGCGUGCUGCGCGCGCACGUGCGCUCGCACCUGGGCAUCUCCCCGUACCAGUGCAACAUCUGCGACUACAUCGCGGCCGACAAGGCGGCGCUCAUCCGCCACCUGCGCACGCACAGCGGCGAGCGGCCCUACGUCUGCCGCCUCUGCCAGUACCCCUUCACCGUCAAGGCCAACUGCGAGCGCCACCUGCGCAAGAAGCACCUCAAGGCCACGCGCAAGGACAUCGAGAAGAACAUCGAGUACGUGAGCGGCGGCGCCGCCGCCGAGCUGGUGGACGCCUUCUGCGCGCCCGACACCGUGUGCCGCCUGUGCGGCCAGGACCUGCGGCACCACCGCGCGCUGCGCGUGCACAUGCGCACCCACUGCGCGCGCGCGGGGCCGCGGCCGCCGCGCAAGCCCUUCGAGUGCCGCGAGUGCCGCGCCGCCUUCGCCGCGCGCCGCAACUGCGUGCACCACGUGCUCAAGCAGCACGCGCACGUCCCCGAGGGCGACGUCGACGCCUACGUGCUGGCCGCCGACGCCGCCGGGCCGGGCCCCGCGCCCCGCGCCGAGCGCAAGGCCCUGGCCGCCUUCCUGGAGCCGCACAACGGCUUCCUGCACGCGCCCGGCGCCGCCGCCGCCGCCCCCGCCCCCGCCCCGGGGCCUCGCGUGGCCGUGAAGCUGGAGCCGGCCGGCGGCUGCCCGGCGCAGCUCAGCGAGCCCCUGGACUUCUCCCAGAAGGGCCUGGCGCUGGUGCGCGUCAAGCAGGAGAGCCCGGGCGUCUUCCUCGGCGCCGGGGCCGCCCCUACGACGGCUCCCUGGAGCCCCAUCGACCUGUCCGUCCCCAAGCACUUCCGCGCAGAGGACAAGGAGCCCGCGGCCCUCGCCGAGGGGGAAGCUCGCGCCGGAAGCGGACGGCCCCCGAUGCCGCCGGCGCCGGCCGUGACCGUGGUGCCCAGCGGUCUCCCGGAGAAGCCCGAGACCCCGGGCAGCCCCUCGGCGGCCUCCGCCCCGGACCCCGGCCACACGCAGGCGCUGCGGGGCCCCGUCCGCCUGGCCGUGCCCAUCUACUCGGCGGCGCUGCUCGGCGGCGGCCCCGCCUUGCUGCGGCCCCUGCGCCCCAAGCCCCCCCUGCUCCUGCCGAAGCCCCCCGCGUCCGACGAGCUUCCCCCGCUGGCCUCCAUCGCCCAGAUCAUCUCGUCCGUGUCCUCGGCCCCCACCUUGCUCAGAGCCAAGGCGGUCGAGCCGGGGCCGGGGCUGGCCGCCACGGACAGCGCGGGAUGGCCCCAAGGUGGCGGCUGCCCCGGCCGAUACCGAGCAGCCCCCACCGAGUGCAGCGACGCGCCCCCCGCGGCCGACAGCCCGGAACCCACGUCGCCCCCUGAGUCGGGGCCCGCGGGCCCUGUCCAAGAAGAAAGGACGGAAUGCGAAGCGCUGCGGAGCCGGCCCCGGGCACCCAGUGGCGAGGCGCUGGACCUGGACUCGAGUGGCGAGUUUGCCAGCGUGGAGAAGAUGUUGGCCACGACGGACAGCCACCGCUUCACCCCGUUUCUGCAGAGUGCUCAGGACGGGGCCUCCACCAGGAUACCAGCAGCACAGAGCAAUCCGGCACCCCUGAGGAGAAGGGCCAGCGGGGCCCUGGCUGCCCGCAGAGGCUCACCUGCCCCCCACUGCCCACGCGUCUUCCCCUGGGCCAGCUCCCUGCAGCGGCACUUGCUUACACACACAGGUCAGAAGCCCUUCCCCUGUCAGACUUGUGACGCCUUCUUUUCCACCAAGUCUAACUGCGAGCGGCACCAGCUGCGCAGACACGGACUCGGCGCCUGCUCCCCGAGGAGGAACGGGCUCCUGGCGCUGCCCGCAGAGGGCGAGGGCGCGGGUCCCGAUAGCACAGACAGCCAGUCGGACACCGAGACACUGGUCACCACAGGAGGCUUGGCGUUGGACCUCACGUCCCGGGAGAAGGAGCCACUGCCCAGCCCAGAGGCAGGAGGAUGCCAUGCUGAGGAGGACGAGGAGGAAGUGGAGGAGGAAGAGGAGGAGGAUGGGGAGGACGAGCCAGCCGGGGAGAGCACGGGAGCCGGAGAGGGGUGUGGAGCAGAAAGCAGGGAUGUGGAUGGCCCUGAGUCGGACACUGUCAGCAACAAGAGCCUGGACCUGAACCUGGCCAGCACACUGAUGGGCUUCAAGCUGGGUGCAGGCCAGCCCGAGCAGAAGCAAGCCUGCGGUGUGUGCGGGAAGACCUUCAAGUUUCUGGGGACCCUGAGCCGGCACCGCAAGGCCCAUGAGCACGGGGAUGCUCAGGAUGAAGUGCCGGGCACAGGCCAGGCCCACCAGGGGUCCCCUGCCCCUGUCCCCGAGCCCAAGGAGCUGCCCAACGAGCCCCUAGAGACGUCAGCCAGCAGGGAGGCCUCGGCCGAGAAGCAGAGUGGGGAGGGGGACGGCCCCUCAGAUGGGGAGGCUGAGCGGGCAGCAGAGAGGAAUGAGGGCGAGUGUGGGGCGCCCCUUGGGGCAGGAGCAGCUGGAGGUGCGGGUAGCGCAGCCAGCAAGGCGGACAAGAGGAAGAAGGUCUGCAGUGUGUGCAGCAAGCGUUUCUGGUCUCUGCAGGACCUCACCCGCCACAUGCGCUCCCACACAGGAGAGCGGCCCUACAAGUGCCAAACGUGCGCUCGCACCUUCACGCUGAAGCACAGCCUCGUGCGGCACCAGCGCGUGCACCAGAAGGCCCGGCACUCCCGGCCCCAGGGCAAGGACAGUGAUCGCGACGAAGUGGCCGGGGACGACAGUGGCAGUGAGUCCACGCACAGCGGCACUCACCCCCCAUCGGAGAGCGAGACCCCUGGCCCGCAGGAGGAUGGGGCUGGCCGGACAACGGGAGGCAGCCAGUCAGAGUUGGACGGGGCCCAGCCCGAGAGCCCAGCACCGGCACCCGAGCUGCAGGAGCUGCAGGGCAAGAGGCCCGGCCCCUCUCCAGACGCCUCGCCACCCCCAGGGCUGGACUGAGCCCUGCACCCUGCCCCAGCACAAAACCAGCGCCACUGGCCACCCCUCGGUGCCUUCUCGCCCAUCCCCACCGGUGUGGCCGUCUCCGUGGAUUGUGGGGAAGCCCUGUCCACAUCAGCAUCACCACAACCGUCCGGUGAGCCUGUCCCCGCUGUCCUGUCUCAGGAGUGUCUGCUCUGAGCUGCAUGGGGUCAUCACUGCCCAUAACUGGAAGACGACAACGACGAUGAUGA